AACUGAAUAGGUAGGACGUUCAGAGGCGUCACUUCCGCUCCACGUGAAAGGCUCCUUAUACUCCAUGUGAGGAGCACUGUAUAUCCGAGGCGUAUUUUACGUUUUAAUAUUGAUAGUUCGCAUAUAGUCAUCUCAUGGUUAUCGGCAGCAAGACUAUGGCGUUCGUAGAGGAAGAGGCGCUGCUCGGUCAGGAUUCAGAGGAGGAAAACAGUGAAUUAUCGGACGAUGAGCUGCAAGAAGCCUUCGCAGCGGGGUUGUUGAAGCCUGGGAUGAACGUUCUGGUGGAUAAACCGAAAAAGUUAGUCAACAAUGUGGAGGGGUUGAAACAGUGUCUUGCUGAUUUUCGUAAAGAUCUUCCCUGGGUGGAGAGAUUGGAUCUGACCAACCUACCAGCUGCAAAUAUAAUUUCUCAAGCUGAAGAGAAAGCUUCAGCGCCAGCCGCUGGAGAACUGGAUGCUGAUGAUGAUUUCCAGAGGGAGAUGUUCUUCUACCGUCAAGCUCAGGCUACAAUCCUCGAGGCAAUGCCACUUCUAAACAGGCACAGCAUAGCCACCAAGAGGCCCGAAGACUACUUUGCAGAGAUGGCCAAAUCUGAUCAGCAUAUGCAGAAGAUCAGGAAAAAGCUGAUCUCAAAGCAGAUGAUUAUGGAGAGGUCAGAAAAGGCCAAGAAACUGCGUGAGCAAAGGAAGUUUGGCAAAAAGGUCCAAAUAGAAGUGAUCCAGAAGAGACAGCAGGAGAAGAAGGCCAUGAUGUCCGCUGUAAAGAAAUACCAGAAGGGAAUGACCGACAAACUGGAAUUCUUGGAAGGUGACCAGAAGAUGAAUAAAGAAUCUUCUCAGGGCUCAAAGAAAGCAGUGAACAAAAAGGGGCCCAGCGCUAAGAGAAAAUACAAGGACCAGAAGUUUGGCUUUGGAGGCAAAAAGAGUGGAAAGAAGUGGAACACCAAGGAAAGCUACAACGAUGUUUCCGGUUUCCGUGCCAAAAUAGCUCACGGCAAGGGAGGGAAGAAGGGGAAAGGAGGAAAACAAAAUAAACGUCCAGGCAAGUCUGUGCGCAAGAAGAUGAAGAAUCGCUCUUAGAGACUGGCGGGCUGCUCAGCAGACUGGACUUUGCUCUCUGCUUUUUGGCAGGAUUUGCCUUAAGGGACUAUGAGCUCUUCUUCUACAUUUUUUGGUACAAUAUACCUUUCGUACAUGCAUCUGGAUUGAUAUGGAGGUCCAUAUUAAUCAUAUUCAAACCACAGAUGGACUGAGUCCGAUCUUACAGCUGGGGAAGUUAUUCAAAGGGCCUGUAAAGCCAAGAAUGGACUGCACACAGCUCCAAAAUACAGAGCUUUCCUAAGUUUGAGGACAAUGUUAUUUGCUGUAUA